AUGAGUAAAACCAAAUGCUCAAUGGGACUGAUGUCUUCCUUGGUGGCUCCGGCCAAGGAGCCCAACGCUAUGGGCCCGAAGGAGGUGGAGCUCAUUCUGGUCAAGGAGCAAAAUGGAGUGCAACUCACCAACUCCACCCUCAUCAACCCAGCGCAGACCCCCGUGGAGCCCCACGAGCGGGAGACCUGGAGCAAGAAAAUUGACUUUCUGCUCUCCGUGAUUGGCUUCGCAGUGGACUUAGCCAACGUCUGGCGGUUUCCUUACCUUUGCUACAAAAAUGGAGGUGGUGCCUUCCUGGUCCCCUACCUCUUCUUCAUGGUCAUUGCCGGGAUGCCACUCUUCUACAUGGAGCUGGCCCUUGGGCAGUUCAACAGGGAAGGGGCUGCUGGUGUCUGGAAAAUCUGCCCCAUUCUGAAAGGUGUGGGCUUCACAGUCAUCCUCAUCUCACUCUACGUCGGCUUCUUCUACAACGUCAUCAUCGCCUGGGCACUGCACUACUUCUUCUCAUCUUUCACCAUGGAGUUGCCAUGGAUCCACUGCAACAACACCUGGAACAGCCCUAACUGCUCAGAUGCCCACUCAGACAACUCCAGCGAUGGCUCAGGCUUCAACGACACCUUCAGGACCACGCCUGCUGCAGAGUACUUUGAGCGCGGCGUGUUGCACCUUCACCAGAGCAACGGCAUCGGUGACCUGGGCCCUCCCCGGUGGCAGCUCACAGCCUGCUUGGUACUGGUCAUUGUGCUGCUCUACUUCAGCUUGUGGAAGGGAGUAAAGACUUCUGGGAAGGUCGUGUGGAUCACAGCCACCAUGCCGUACAUGGUCCUCACUGCCCUGCUUCUGCGUGGGGUCACCCUUCCUGGAGCCAUCGACGGCAUCCGAGCAUACCUGAGCGUUGACUUCUACCGGCUCUGCGAGGCUUCCGUUUGGAUCGAUGCUGCCACCCAGAUUUGCUUCUCUCUGGGUGUUGGGUUUGGGGUGCUGAUCGCCUUCUCCAGUUACAAUAAAUUCACCAACAACUGCUACAGAGACGCAAUCAUCACCACCUCGGUCAACUCCCUGACAAGCUUCUUCUCUGGCUUCGUCAUCUUCUCCUUCCUGGGGUACAUGGCACAAAAGCACAGUGUGCCCAUCGGGGACGUGGCCAAGGACGGGCCCGGGCUGAUCUUCAUCAUCUACCCUGAAGCCAUCGCCACACUGCCCCUGUCCUCGGCCUGGGCCGUGGUGUUCUUCAUCAUGCUGCUCACACUGGGCAUCGACAGUGCUAUGGGUGGCAUGGAGUCGGUCAUCACAGGGCUUAUCGAUGAGUUCCAGCUGCUGCAUCGGCACCGGGAGCUCUUCACCCUCUUCAUCGUCCUGGCCACCUUCCUCCUCUCCCUCUUCUGUGUCACCAACGGUGGUAUCUACGUCUUCACGCUGCUGGAUCACUUUGCGGCCGGCACGUCCAUCCUCUUCGGGGUGUUCAUCGAAGCCAUUGGGGUGGCCUGGUUCUAUGGUAAGGACAGAGCCUGGGUCCAGGGGCUAGAGUGCAUACACAAACGAGGAACUGACACUGCCAUGUUCUUUGUGGUCGUGGUCAGUAUCGUGACCUUCAGGCCCCCGCACUAUGGCGCCUACAUCUUCCCUGACUGGGCCAACGUGCUGGGCUGGUUCAUCGCCACAUCCUCCAUGUCCAUGGUGCCGAUCUAUGCCACCUACAAGUUCUGCAGCUUGCCCGGGUCCUUCCGAGAGAAACUGGCAUAUGCCAUCACGCCCGAGAAGGAACAUGAACUAGUGGACAGUGGGGAAGUACGCCAGUUCACGCUCCGCCACUGGCUAAUGGUGUAG